AAGAAGAAGAAGAAGAAGAAGAAGAAGGAGGAGAAGAAGAAGAAGAAGACCGGUUUAGUUAUGAGUCUAUGAUGAGUUUAAUAACAACAGGACAUGCCAGAGGUCGCUAAACGCUGUAUAAGCUGUAGAAACAAGCGGGCUAAGUGUUCGCAUCAAUGGCCAAACAUGCAGUGUUAACAUCGGGGAAACACUUGUGGAGAAGUCUGGCCUGUGCGAAGUCCGAGCUGCGUCUGGAGCUCACUCUCGACUGUGGACAAUCCUUCCGAUGGAAAGAAACCGCGCGAGAGCACUGGACAGGGGUGAUGGGGGGACGAGUGUGGACUCUGACCCAAACAGAGGACAUCCUGUGGUACCACGUUUAUAACAACCCAGGCGGGCGGAGGAGGGGACCGGCUGGGGUUUCCUCCCCAGGAGACAGUGAGUCAGAGAGGGCACUGAAAGGAACUGUGAAGAAGGAAGAGGAGGUGACGGACACUGAGGAGGAAGAGCAGAUGCUGAGAGAUUACCUCCAGCUGAGUGUGAAUCUGUCGGAGCUGUACACACAGUGGCAAACAGCAGACCCCCACUUCAGGCAAAUCGCAGACAUUUUCACGGGUCUGCGGAUGCUGCGCCAGGACCCCACUGAAUGCUUGUUCACCUUCAUCUGCACCUCCAACAAUCACAUCUCUCGAAUCCAGGGCAUGGUGGACAGACUGUGUCAGACUCUGGGAGCUCCACUGUGUCAGCUGGAGCAAACCUCUUACUUUGACUUUCCUUCCCUGGCUGCGCUUGCAGAAAGCAGCACGGAGGCGUGUCUCAGGGAUCUUGGUUUUGGAUACAGGGCUCGGUUCCUGCAGCAGAGUGCCAAGCAGAUCCUGGACACCCAUGGGCUCCAGUGGCUUGAAGGUCUACGUAGUGUCCCGUAUCUGCAGGCCCGGGAUGCCCUGCGCACUCUUCCUGGUGUGGGCACUAAGGUGGCGGACUGUGUUUGUCUGAUGUCCCUUGACAAGGCAGACGCUGUCCCUGUUGACACACACGUAUGGCAGAUCGCUAAGCGGGACUACAAUUAUACUUCUGGCAAAGCCCAGAAGAGUAUCACAGAAAAACUUCACAGAGACAUUGGGGAUUUCUUCAGAAAACUGUGGGGUCCUUACGCUGGUUGGGCACAGGAGGUGCUGUUCUGUGCUGACCUUAAGAAGUUCCAAAAACUGAAAGAGAUGCCACUGAUGCAGCCAAAGAAGGAGGAACAGGAUGUCGAAGAACUUGGGGAAGAAAGCAAGAAAACAAAGAUUAAGACGCAAGCAAAUGUUGCUGUGAAGCGUUCGAAAACCAAGUCAGCAUCUCACAAGAAAGCGAAGAUGUCGGUCAAGACGGAGCGAGAUGUGUGAGUUAAACAAGCUUCUUGCAUCAGGAUUACACGUCAUUUACGUUACAUGUCAUUUAGCUCACGCUUUUAUCCAAUUAGUGCAUUCAACAUCUAUGAGGGGCCAUUCAGGGUUCAGCAUCUUGCCCAAGGACACUUCGGCAUGGGCUGGGGUUGAGCUGCCGACCAUCUGGUUGGAGGACGACCGCUCUACCCCCACAGCCGAUCCACACAAUAUUACAAAAAAUCACUCAGGGAUAUUUCAGAUUAUUUUUAAACUCAAAAUGAAAUGUAAAGGAGAAAAUACAGGAGAAUUUUCUUACAGGAAAAUAUGAAAUGAUUAUAACAGAAUAAUU